CCAAUCGAGAGAGUCGGCACAUCCUUUUCCGUCUCAAGCCACACACUAAACACACAGGCGCUGUAUGCUCAUCCCCAGGACAACAAAACACCCAGACAGAAACAAAAAACCCCAAAACAAAUUGCUGCAGCGCACCAUGGCUCAGGAUGGGGUGAUACUGCAAUUCAACUUUCCCACAUUCGGGGACUCCAUGCUUCAAAAGAUGGAUGCUCUUCGUCGAGACAAACGCUUCUGUGAUGUUGUGGUCCGCAUCAAUGACUUGGAAGUGCCUGGACACAAAGUGGUCUUUGCCGCUGGCUCCCCUUUCCUUAGAGACCAGUUUGUCCUUCAGGACUCUCAUGAAGUGCAAAUAUCUACACAGCAGGAUGCAGAGGUUGGACAGAGGCUUCUUCUGUCCUGCUACACUGGGACACUGGAGUUCCCAGAGCUUGAAUUAGUACACUAUUUAACAGUUGCUAGUUUCCUACAGAUGGGUCAUAUUGUAGAGCAGUGCACCGAAGCUCUAAAUAAAUUCAUAAAACCACACGAGGUCAAAGACGAGCGUGCAUCAUCCCGACAGCCGUCGAACUUCAGCUCACAGCGAGGCCAACCAGCUGCGGAGAGAGCAUGUGAUGAAGAGGAUGAGGUGGACAAUGAUGGAGAAGAUGACUUUGAUGAUGAUGAUGAUGAUGAUGUGAUCAUACAGCCCAAGUCUCCAGCUGUAUUUAGAAACUCUGAGAGCAACAGUAGAGGAGAGGAGAGUCCCAUUAGCAUCGUUAAGGUAGAGUCAAUAGAUGAGCGAAUGCCUGAUAACUUUCAAAGUCGCUCGAGUCGCUCCCCAACACUGCGCUCACCUGAGCCACAACACUCCCUAAUAAACUCCACAGUGGAAACCCGGCCCGCCGAAAUCGCUGUCAAGCCCACAGCUGAAUAUUCGCUGUCCCCACCUGGACCCAGUGUCUCCGGGAAAGGGAAUCUUUGGGGAUGCUCAAGGAAUGCCGAUAAGGGUAUGCAGUGGUACCACCAGUGCCCCAAAUGUGCUCGCGUGUUCCGUCAGCUGGAGAACUACGCCAACCAUCUGAAGAUGCACAAACUGUUCAUGUGCCUCCUGUGUGGAAAAACAUUUACCCAGAAAGGAAACCUGCACCGGCACAUGCGUGUCCACGCCGGCAUCAAACCCUUCCAGUGUAAGAUAUGUGGAAAGACUUUUACUCAGAAGUGCUCGCUGCUAGACCACCUGAACCUUCACAGUGGGGACAAACCACACCGCUGUAAUUACUGCGACAUGGUGUUUGCACAUAAACCAGUUCUCCGUAAACACCUGAAGCAGAUCCAUGGAAAAAACAGUUUUGAUAAUGCCAAUGAAGGCAGCUUGCUUGAAGGAAUAUAAAUUCAUAUUAAUGUCUAAAUAAAUUAUAUUAAUAUACAUGACACAGACAUAAUUCUGUAUAACAGUGGUUCUCAACUAGGAGGUCAGGGUCAACUAGGGGGCCUCAGCAAAGUUCCAUGAGGAAAUAAAGGCCCGUUCUCAGUAAGGAUGAUAAUUAUAACAAUAAAAAUAUAAUUUUAAAACAUUAUAAAUGUAAACGGAUAACUGAGUCCACACCAGUACUGUAACAAUGAUGCCACAUUGGAACAAUAAUGUUGAAAUCACUUUCACUAUUUUUUUUUUCCCACAAAAUUUUUCAGAUGAUAUACGAUUAUAGGACAUCAGUGCACACAUUAUUGUGCGCUGGUGUGGAGACUGAUAUAAUUAUGGUUAUCUUUAUAGUUAUCAUUCUUGGUGUGAAUGGGCUUUAAGUGUUAAAAUAAUUUAAAUUUAGUAAAUAUUAGCAGAUAGUAUUAAUAAAAAAAACCCCACAAAAACAAAGAUUAACUUUUUACAUUUUUUAGAUUAUUUAUUUUAAAGAAAGGACCAGAGGUACAUAAUUAACAUAGGUACAUAAAAUAAGACAAAAAGAUUGUGAACCACUGCUGUAAAUUAAUACACUAAAUUACAAUAACUAAAUGAAGUGUCCGCUGAUUGGUAAAUAAAUGUACAGUCAAAGUCAGGUUUAAUGUCAUUUUCUUUUUGCAUAUUGCAGAUCAAGGGAAAUGUAUUGAGUUGAUUUUGAAUGCUGCUGUGGCAUCAUUUAGCUGUGUUUUAUCUUUUGUAAAGAUUAAAAUAUAUUGUUAAAGUAUAUCUGCUCAAACCAUAUUUCAGUUUUGAAUGCUAAUGUAUAACGUCCUCAUUUGCAGACAGCUGUAUUUGAACACUAUUGUGCAACUCUUGGUCUGUAAUAAAUGUUUCCAUGCUUCCAUCUGUGUAAAUAUGCCAGAAUUUGGAGAAAAUUGCUGACUCACUAAUAAAUAAGUGCAGAUGCUGCA